AAAAAACUGUGGCAGUGACAUUAAGUGCAACGAGAACCACGUGUGUGAAUAACUUCGCAAAACGAGUAAAACUUGUUUGAACAGCAAAUGUGAAUUGUUUCAGCGUAACUGAACUUAUUUGUGCUACGAACAGUUGUAGAAAGUUGAUGCGAGCACGACACACUGUGUUCACCAAAAAUGAAAUGAGUAGAAUAAACCGCUCAAAAUAUAUUGCUUGCAGUGACUGUGAUGUACCCGCAACAGUUGAUUUUGCAUAGUAAUAAAAAUUCAUGUUGACUAUUUUGUGAAUUAUAUACAGGACGCGUUCGCUUAACUCAAUCCACUGUAACGGUGGUGUUUUGGAGGAAUCUGAAAGAGGUUUCAAGGAGAUCCCCAGCGAAAAAAUCUCCCUACGGGGUGGUGUAAAGCAGUAGCUGAUUCCAACGGAGCUUUUAUUUCUUCAAGGCCAUGCACGACUCCAAGGUGGCCGCUCAUCAUGGGGCCUUGCUUCCGCUAAUAAGAGCUCGAAAAACCAUUGAAAAUAAUGUUUAUCAAAGCAUCGAAAUCUACAAUAUAGCUGGUACAAAGAAAGAAACAUUCAGUAUUAACUCCAAAGAAUUUAAUGAUUUUGUCCCCAAAUGUAAUACUCUAAAAAAAUACCUAAAUUUUGUAAUUAAAUUUUACCCACUAAAAGGAAGGAAGAUUAAACAUUUUUCCACUACAUCAUCAAAAAAUACAAACCAUUCAUUAAUAAGCAAGUUCAGGUCUCAAUCAUUCACAAAAUUCCAAAUGAGAAAAAAAUGCAUUUCAUUUUUCAAGUCGUUAAGAAACAAAGUUCAAAAAAUGCCUGUGAAACCAAUUCAAGCAAAGAACACAAAAAAUCAUUUUAUUAACUUUAAAAAUGUCUCAGAAAACAACAGUAACAUCAAAACUUGUAUUGAAAUAAGAUUCACCCAAAAUCACUGCUGCCCUUGUAUAUCUGAAAAGCAAACAAUUUUAUUAAUGCGCCUUAAAGACAACCAGAUUGUUGAAUCCUGUCCUGAAAACAAAACAAAACAAAACAAAAAAUCAGUUAAAUACGGAUAUUUGUUGUUGCCACCACGAUAUAGUAAGGAUAAGGUAUUUUAUUUACUUAGGAUAAGCAAUUUAGGUUUAGAUUGUCAUUUCUAUUACCUUGUUAAAAUGCAAAUAACUGUAUUUAAUUUUAUUUAUAAAUAA